UGCGCGCGCGCGCGCGGCAGCGGCUGCACUUCUCUCCGGGCAGCGGGGGCAGGAGCGGCGGCGGCGGCGCUGGGAGAAGCAGCGGCAGCGGCCGGCGCUGCUGCUCGGGAGAGACGGGAAAGGGGAGAGGAAGGCGAGAGCGAGGAGCGCGGGGCAGCGGGCUCAUGACUCAGUGAGCGGCUGCAGCCCCUUUCCAGCCCCGCGCCCGGCCGGAGUCGGGGCAACCGCGACGGAUUGUCCCGCAGCUUGUGCCCGGCACCAGCCAGAGAGAGACCUGCGCUCGCCUGCAGUGCAGCAUCUGCCAUGUCUACAGAGGGGCAGAGAGUGGAUGAUAGUCCAAGCACUAGUGGAGGCAGCUCUGAUGGAGAUCAGCGUGAAGGUGUUCAGCAGGAACAAGAAAGAGAGCAAGUUCAACCCAAGAAAAAAGAAGGGAAAAUAUCAAGCAAAACAGCUGCUAAAUUGUCAACUAGUGCUAAAAGAAUUCAGAAAGAACUUGCAGAGAUUACAUUAGACCCUCCUCCGAACUGUAGUGCUGGACCCAAAGGAGACAACAUUUAUGAAUGGAGGUCAACUAUACUGGGGCCUCCAGGGUCUGUAUAUGAAGGUGGAGUUUUCUUCCUUGACAUAACCUUUUCACCGGACUAUCCCUUUAAACCACCCAAGGUAACGUUCCGGACAAGGAUCUACCACUGUAACAUUAACAGCCAAGGCGUCAUCUGCCUGGACAUUCUAAAGGACAACUGGAGUCCAGCGUUAACCAUUUCUAAAGUUCUCCUCUCCAUCUGCUCCCUCCUCACAGACUGUAACCCCGCUGACCCCCUGGUUGGAAGCAUUGCCACUCAGUACAUGACUAACAGAGCAGAGCACGACAGAAUGGCCAGACAGUGGACCAAGCGAUACGCCACAUAGGAACCUCCUCUAGGAUUUGCUGGACCUGUGCAAGCACAUUCACUAAGUGCAUCAAUAGCCCUUCCCUUCAUUCUUAUUUUUUAUUAAAUCUUGAACCAUUUUGUGACAAAAGGUUGUCCUUACUUCCUUUUUUUGUUUGUUUGUUUCAUUUUUGUUUAUUUUUAUUUUUAUUUGUUCUGGGUUUGGUUUUUUUUUGUUCUGUUAACUUGAAAGUUGUUUCCCUCAAAUGUAGACAGGGAAUUUUGGUUAUCAGUGCAAAGAAUGUUGGAUCUGUAAUAGUAUAGAGCUUUAUCAGAAAGCUUUGUAUUAAUGUGUGGGGUUGGUUUUUUUUUUUCUUUCAUGUGGUUUUGGGGAAAACAAACAAAUUCAGAAUUAUAUCUCAUUUCUACUUAAAUGUAGUGUUUAGGGUUAUUUUUUUGUACUGAAGUCUUUAAUGGUGGGUGCAUGCUACUGGGAACAAGUUUUGUAUAAAAGCUUAAAAUCAAGAAUCACUGUGCAUUACUAAGACUGUGUUUAUCACUAGCCUUCUGUUUCCCACACAAAAGGCUAUUGCAUUGAACAAAUUAAUAUGUAUUUUGAUUUACUUAAAAAACAAAAAAAAAAAGUGCUUGUAAAUUUCUUAGGGACCUGCCACUUUUGACUGUGGAUCAGUUGAUGUACACUUGUAUUAUUAAAGCACUCAAUAAAACACUGUGGCUGAUAAAUGCA